UAACAACACCACAAGCCUUUGGUCGCAUGCGCCUUACGCCUACUGAAUUCUCCAGACGAGUCGAAUAUGCUUUUAAGGCAACGUCGGUACCUUUGCAUUCCAAGCGAUCACCAUCCAAUCCAUUGAUUGACCCACCUACGGAUCCAUGGCUAGCGACGAACCGCUUCCCUCGACCGUCGAGGGAGCGCAAACACAACCUACCGAGACCGACCCUUCCUCAUCAAUACCUGCUGAAGCCGCGAUUGCUCAAGAUGUACCAAAAGACAUAUCGGAGUCCGAAGACGUGCAGUCUUUCGAUCUUGCCGACUCUGACCUCCCUCCUUUACCAGCCGAGGAUAAUGAAAGCUUCCUGCAGUUGCAAGAAGAGGACAGCCAAAUACAAAGCGACGGGAGCGCAUUGCUAGACCGGGAAAUGGACCGCCAGUUGAUGGACCUGGAAUCAAGUUUUCUGCCCGAGCCUUCAGUAAUCCAAGCAUCGGGCCCCAAAGCCCAACAAGGGGCGGAUGACACUUAUCUAUUCGGAGGCUCGCCAGGCAAUACACGUUCCGCUUCCCGUGCAGCUGUAGAAGAGGAAGGUACUAUGUCUUCUGCUCCUGACGAAGGAACUUCCGCGCAAGACUCGUCUUUGUUGUCAAACGAGCCGCCUACCCCUGCGGAUGCUUACAAGACACCAGCUGUUCGAAAACUGGAUCUUGAAGCAGACCCCCAGGAUGGUUCCUUCACGACGACUUCGACAGACACUAUUCCAUCAUCGCCAUCAGCCGAAGCGGCAAAACGGAAUAUCUCAAGAGCAGCGUCCGCAGCUGGCCCUGAACAAAACAUGCCAUCACAGAGCGAGGAGGAUAUUGGGCAAGCAGUUCCAGGAGCAGAGCGCCAGAAGGAGGAGCAUACCCAACGGCCCACCUCAAGCGCAUCAACCGUCAAAGCUCCGGAUUUCUCCCAAAUGGCGGGCGAUUCUUCGCUCACAGAAACAGCAAAACCAUCGCCUCUCGUUUCAACCACAAAGAAGUCCACAAAACGUCCCAGCUUUCUUCAAGAUCGACACUCAAGCCACCGAUCCUCCGUCUCGUCAUUAACAAACAAUUCCGACAUCUCGGCAGAUGGGGGAAGUAAUACCAGUCUCAGCGCUGACUAUGCAUUGCAGAGUGGAGGUGCAGUACCGCGGUCGAGUGGCCAAAGUAGGAGCAGCAUUGGCUUAUCAAGGUUACCAAGUCUCGGUAGCAUUGCAUCAUCAGUAUCAGGAUAUAGUGAUGCUACUCCACAGUGGGACAAGACAAGAAGUAUCAGCUCCAAUUCGCUAUCCGGGUACCUCUUGCACCCGGACUCUUCUUUGGGCCCGCUUGAAGAAGAAGCACCGAAUUCCAGCACCCCUCCUGCUACACCAGGAACUCCUGUGAUCAGAGUCGCAGCGCCUACGGAUACCGUUAUUGCCAGGCACGUCCAGGAUAUCCAAGUACCUGAUACUGUCGCUCGCGAAUACCGCGAAAAGUACUCCCGGUCUCCCGAAAAACGACAGACAGCCACGCCUUUCACACGCAGCAAACACAAUCUUACGCUCAAAGAGCAAAAUAGCAAGAUUGAUAAGCUUAGCAAAGAAAACUUCGAUCUAAAGUUGAAAAUCCAUUUCCUCGAUCAGGCUCUCCAGAAUCGAUCGGAUGAAGGUGUGAAGGACAUGAUCUCGAAAAACGUGCAGCUGCAGACCGAUCUAGCCAACGAGAAGAAGGAAAAUCAGUCACUGCGCAAGAAAGUGCGAGAACUCGAGCGUAAACUAAAUACGCAACAAGAGGGAACAACCAAGGACACAACAAGUGGUUCUGAUGACGAAAAAAGCGACCAAUCGUCUAAACAGGCUGAAUUGGAAGAAGAGAUAUAUUUCCUACGAGAACGUCUGGAAUCAACCGAAGUGCUUGUCGAGGAGCUGCAGCAAGAAAGCUUGAACAAGGAGAUCGAGAAGCGCCGUAUGGCCGAGUACAUUAAGUCAAUGGGGGAUAGGAACUCUUCAGAACCUUCCGCCGGUAUCAAUGAGGCCAUGAGCAUGUGGAAAGAGGAACUUAAGGAUGAGCGAGCAAGGCGAGAGCGCGUCGAAGCCGAAUCUGAGCAACUCCGAGAAGAAGUUCAACGCUUAAGGGAAUCGGCGCAACAAGCGCAACAGCAUUCAGCGGCAAAUCAUAGUGUCAAGAACACGGUCAACGUGACCCGUCGGAACUUACUGACCACAUACACGUCACAUUCAAAUACUGGAUCCGAUAUGCACGACCAAAUAAGACCAUCAUCUGCGACUGGGGCCUCCAGCACGGUUGUAGAGCAACUUCGCGGUGAAAAUGCCGAGCUACGACGCGAUCUAGGUGCCCAGACUUCCAUGCUUACGUCUCGAAAUAGAGAAAGAGAGCGCCUGCAGCAAGAAAUAGAAAGCUUGAAGCUUACGGCUCGCCGAGGGGAUGUUGGGUCCGUUGCUGGUGAUAGCAUCUUUGAAAGGUCAAUAUCUCGCAACAACCAGAGACCACUAUCCCGAGCAAGCGGUGGCACGCGUGCAACACAUUUGAGCGAUGCCGAGCGUGACGAAUAUGAAAGUAAGUAUGCCGCACUUCGUGACGAACUCUCUCAGACGAAGCUACAUUACAAAGAACUCGAUGAUCAAUUGAAUGGACACCUUGAUUUGCUAGAGCAGGCGGAAAGUAAAGUCAGGGAACUCGACAAUGAGCUAGAAGCCCAAACGCAAGACCUACAAGCUCUGCAGAGUGAGCGAGAUGAAGCUCUCGAGCUUCUCGAGGACAAGGAACAAGAGUGUGAGGAGCUUAGACAGCAGGCUCUCCAGACUAUACAGAGACUGGAAGGCGAAAUUGAUCAGAAAGAGCAGGAGUGUAAUCGACUUGUGACUGAUCUUGAGAAUCUGAACGAGGACUUCAAUGCAUUGCAACAGGAGAUGAAGAAUGUAAGCGAAAGCCUUGUACAACUUGAAGACGAUCAGAGUGCAAGCUUGAGAAAGAUCCAGAAUCUCGAGGCUGAGCUCAUCGAUGCAAACCAAGAGCUGGGCAAACAAGAUAAGUUCUUGUCAGACGAGAAGUCCAAGAAUGAACGCCUCGAGGUGCAGCUCGAAUCUUGCCAAGGCGAGAUUGACUUCUUGCGAGAAGAGCAAGAGAGCGACAAGAUCAAGAUUGGCGAACUAGAAGCAUCACUCAACAUCGCGCACACCACCAUUCAAGAUGAGAAAGAACGCUUCCAAGAACUCGAGGAGCGUCUGGCAGAGGAGCGGCGUCAACGCGAUAUUCUCGAGAAUCAAGAGAAGCAAGAGGUCGAAAAGAUCAUCAGUGACCUCAACUCACAAUUAACUAAGCUCAAGGAGGACAACAGGAAAUUGCGAAAGAGCCUUUCAGGCAAGGAAGUCGAAGCAACCACUUGGAAGCAACGUUUGGAUGAACUUGAAAACAACCUUCGCGAAGCUCUUGGAAACCUCAAUGGCACAAGGUCCAGCCUUCUUAAGGACAUCACGAAGCUGCAACGUGAUCUUGACACAACCGUGCAGGAGCUUACAGAUACGCGAACUGACUUGGCCGAAAAGGACAGGCUUUUGAAGGCUCGCGAUACACUGUUGGAGAGCACUGGAUUAGAAAGUCGUCGUCUCUCUGACCUUCUUGAGCGUGAACGUGCAGCGCGCCGUCAAGACCAAGCCACAUGGGAAACUGCAAAGCGAGGUCAUCAGUCGGUGUCACGAUCAAUUCAACAGCAUGAGACUAGGGUUCUCGAGCUGGAGACGCUAAGAAGUCAGGAUCGCCGCAAGCUUAUAGCUCUCGAAACCCAGUACAAGGACCAGCUAAUCGAGCGAAACAACCUGCUCUACGCCCUCUGGAACCGCCUCUCAACACUCUGUGGUGCUGAGUGGUCACGUAAUCACGCCGUUAUCAAUGGGGAACUGACGUCCAUGGAACUAAUCUCCAAAAACCUCACAGGGUUUAACAAAAAUAUUAUUCUGGCUGUAAAGACAGUGGAAGGAAUCAUUGGCAAUUUCCGCCAGAGGAUUCGCGGCAUGGAGAAAGAUCUUCUUCGUGAUUAUCAGACACUUGAACAUACUCUGGAUCUCCGUGUUAAGCGACUUGAUCAGCUUGAGAAGAUUGUGAUUGCGCAAAGACAAUCUAUUGGACGCCCCAGCACCAUCCGCGGAGGCAUGGUCGAUGUCAGCACAGGAGAGUUGAGUAAGCUGCGUAGCGAAAACAAGACGCUCAAGACAGAAAUUCAGACCUUGCGCCAAAUCUCGACCGAUACACGGAGCAUUGCUGAAUCUACCAAUGCACAAUCCGUAUCUCCGAGCCUCUCCAAGCGUGCGAGCAUGGCACAGACCCUGCUACGCCACCACUCUACUUCUGCUGUUGAAGGCAUGAGUCAACCCGACCACCCAUAUCCACAAGCAAGUGGGCUACAGCCGAGCGAGCAAAAGUGGAUUCACAGACUCAAAGAACUAGAAAGGCGCCUCAAGGCAGAGAGGGAAGCUCGUUUAUUAGACCGGAGCGGAGCACGAAAAAGACUCGAGCAAAAGGUCGAGGAAAAUGCAGAACUUCGCGGUCAACUUGAACGUGAGCGUGGAAGGAAUGGCGAUGAGGGUAGUGUAAGCGGUAGACAGAGCGUGGCAGGUGGCAGCGCAAGAGGAAUGGGCGACGACGAGGUGUAUUAGUACGUUGUGCUCUUGGAUCGAUUUUCAUUCUAUCGAGCGUGUUCUUGUUUAGCGUUACUUUGGAAGCGUAUAUCAUCAUGGCUGGACCUUUCAGGCGCAAUAUGGUGGAAAACACGGCAAUGUUGGUGAAGGAAAGGAGGGUGUGGACUUGUAACUGGCCCAUAAAGAAUACCUCGUAAUCAGCAAGUGAGGCCCUGGUGCCUUUUGAAUUGGAAAGGUUCUAUUUGACCAACCAUAGUCUGGAACGAU